UAGUCAUUAGUCACCCUUGUGUCUCCCUCUAUCUGCCAAUCUCUCUCUCUCUCUCUCUGUUUUUCAUUUUCUCCCAGUAAAUUGUGAAUCAUGAUGUCUCAAGCUCUUGACUAUCCCCAAGACGAUGUCAAAAUGACUUUGACUUCAGGAGACCAGACUAUCGCCAGUGUCCUGAGCUUCAUUUUGAGCUUUAAACCCUCUUCAUGGCGUGACGUGUUAUAAUGCAAAUUUGUACCCCCAUCCUAAGGGAAAUGUAGUCAUUUUGAAACUCUCUAUCCCUUCACCUUUGUGACUUUCUGUUUCUGAACACCAAAGGUCUAUAGUUAAACUUCAGCAGAGACUUUCUUGGUCCCUCCCUCCCCCCAACUCAUCAGGGCUGGUGGGGAGGGUGGAUCUUGGGCCCUGCGGCGGGGUUGAAACUCCAGCUAGUGGUCGUACCCAAAGAGGAAGGCCUCCCACCAUGGAGUCCAACCCGGAGAGCCCCAACCGGGCCGUGGAGUACCUACUGGAGCUCAACAACAUCAUUGAGAGCCAGGCCAAGCUCCUAGAGACGCAGCGCAGGCGCAUUGAGGAGCUGGAGGGCCAGCUGGACCGGGUCAGCCAGGAAAACCAGGACCUGAGGCUGGAGCGCGGUCCGCAGGGGUCGGACGCGCCGGAGCAGAACCACAACCACAGCCAGCCCCUGUCCCUUCCGGUUCAGCAAGGCGUCGGCGGCGUGAGCGGCAGCGGUGGCACCGCCUCAACACCUCAGGUUACAUCUGGGUCAGCCACGACUCCAGGGCCCAGCAGGGAGAGGAGGAGCCAUGCCAGACUGACGCGAGGCCUCUCCUGCGGUUCCUCCAACAUGGACCGGGACCGUCUGGAACGCACCGACAGCACAGACACCAACGCCAGCUCCGGCGCUCGCAGAAAUGUCCGGCCUCCGUCUGUCUCGGGGCAGCCCACCUCGGCUCCCGCCACACCCACUGCAGCGAGCGGCGCUGCCUUUUCCGCUCUGUUUCCAACCAGUCUGACCGUUCACAGCUUCGGCAGCCUCCACCAGUACUGCUGCCCGUCUACCGACCAAAGUUUACAGCAGGACGACAGCGAGGAGGGUGAGGAUGAGGGUGCCCAUCAGUUCUGUUGCUCUGCCUCAGGCUGCAGCAGCCCCUCCUCCCGCUGAGCAGAGGUGCGGCCGGCCUCUCGACGACUCGCACGCUUACCUGCGCAUAAAAAAACCGAGACGACACUGUGCGCCGAAAAAGACAUUAACGCUGCAGUCCUGUUUGGGGGGGAUGUAAAGGCAUGCAACGUGUGGUAUCUGUGUCAUUGAUUUACUCAUGUGUUACAUGCUUUGUGCGUUAAUCUCGAUGUUGUGUUCUCCCUGUUCCCCUUGCUGUUUGUUUCUCCUCUUACAGCCUUAUCUGCCUGUCAGAAUGCAUCAGCAUCUUCUGCUCAUUACUGUUGCAUCCAUGCUUUUCUUGGAUCCACUAGCUGAGUCAUGUCAUUUGAUUUGUGUGCUGAUUUCCAUAAACUUCUGUCCCCCAAGAAUUAUGCAAUGUACAAAUAUUAAUUGUAUUCAGUUUUAUUAAUCAUGUUGAUGACUCCUCCUCCUUAUAUAUAUAUAUAUAUAUUCUCUUGUCCGUCAAGUUUAUUCAUCACCUCGAAGUCAGUUCCUGUUGAUUUAAUAAAGAAUUUUUUUUUUAGCUCCAGAAGACACUUUGUUCCUUCCUGAGGUAUUUUUGUGCGCUCCACUGUGUUUUUUCCUCAUCACGCUUGAUUGCUACACAUCUGUUACAUCACUCUUCUCUACCUUAAGGACAUUGUACCCUCUUACACACAAAGAGUAACGAUGGAAAAGCUCUAGUGUGUAAUAAGUCUGUUUGGUGCACAAAAUCCCUUAAACCUUAAUGGAUUUUUCCACAAAACAUAAAGCAUUGUUUACUAUUUGGAGCCUGUUAAGAGUUGCUUCUGACUGCCGAUGGUCCGGUGUCUCUUAUUUUGUGCAUCCAAUAAUAUAAUGGUGUGCAUUAAUUGACUCUUAAAGUGUGAUGCUGGGCUGAAAAUAUUAUCUCUAUUAGAGGGAGAGGUGAUCAAAAUUAAACACAGAGCAGCUUUGAAUUUAUUUUAAGAAUUAGUGAAAAAAUGUAAUAGUUAUCACUUUGUUGACUAUAUUAUUGGCCGUGCCUGGUAAAGAGGUGUAAAGCAGUUUGAAAUAAUUUCAUGUUUUAUUGUCGUAUCAAAAUUUCCCCCCAAAAGGCUUAGGAAAAUCUGAUCGCUUUUAAGUAAUAAUUGUUUUUAACAUAUUCACCAGUGCCAUCCGCCCAAGAAAUACAUUUGAUUCAAGCAUGUUUUUAAUUUCUGUAUAAUUUAUUUUUUGUCAGGGUUUAU